AUGAUUCGAACGUCCCACGAGUGGCUUACGUGCCAAAGGAACUGGCUAUACUUAGAAAGUAUCUUCUUGGCCCCAGACAUCAAGAGGCAGCUGCCUGCUGAGUCCAAAAUGUUUCUUAGGUGGACAAGUCCUGGAAGGAGAUCAGCAAAGGUCAACAAGAUGCCCUGUGCCUUUAGAGCAGCCACACAGCCUGAUCUGCUGAAGACCUUUCAGCACAACAACGCUUUGGAUGAGACACAGAAUUGUCUGGAAGCCUACCUGGAGUCCAAGAGGGUCAUCUUCCCCAGGUUCUACUUCUUAUCUAAUGAUGAGUUGCUGAAGAUCUUGGCCCAGACAAAAAAAACCCAGGCGGUGCAGCCGCAUCUUAGGAAGUGUUUUGAUGCCAUUGCACGGCUAGAUUUUGCUUUGCUGCCCAAAGUCUUCUGGGCGACAGAAACUGCGCUAGACGAUGAAGAACAGGAGAUGGUCUAUAGCAAAGACAUCCUUAACAUGGUUUCUCCUGAGGGAGAGAAGGUGGGUUUGACUAAAGGUCUGAAGGCACAAGGCAAUGUGGAAGCUUGGCUUUGCAAGGUGGAGGAGGCUAUGUUCACCUCACUGCGACGCAUCAGCAAGGCUGCCAUUGCAGACUACCAGGUGAAGACUAGAGAGGAAUGGGUGGUAGCUGGACAUCCCUCGCAGGUGGUGCUGACCAUCUCACAGAUGAUGUGGUGCAGCGACAUGGAUGCCUGUCUGGAGGGAGACCACGACCACUUUGCUGCCCUGCAGAAAUUUGAACUCGCUAACUUUGACAGGCUGAAUGCCCUUGCAGCACUGGUACGAGGACAGCUGCCUACUUUACAACGUAAUAUCAUCACUGCCCUCAUCACCAUAGACGUCCAUGCCAGAGACAUUGUCACAGAUCUAGUCCGCCAGAAGGUGGAUACCAGCUCUAACUUUGAAUGGCAGAGACAGCUACGCUACUACUGGGACUUGGACCUGGACAACUGUGUAGCCAAAAUGGCUCUGUCGACUUACAUUUAUGGCUAUGAAUACCUGGGAGCCUGUCCGAGACUGGUUAUCACACCACUCACGGACCGUUGCUAUUUGUGUCUGAUGGGGGCUCUCCAGUUAGACCUGGGAGGAGCUCCAGCUGGGCCAGCAGGGACAGGCAAAACAGAGACCACCAAGGACUUGGCUAAGGCCCUGGCCAUACAAUGUGUGGUCUUCAACUGCUCUGAUGGACUUGACUACAAGAUGAUGGGGCGCUUCUUUUGCGGGCUUGCUCAGUCGGGCGCUUGGUGUUGUUUUGACGAAUUUAACCGAAUAGACAUCGAAGUGUUGUCUGUCAUCGCUCAGCAGCUCAUAACCAUACGAAAUGCCAAAGCUGCUAAGGUGUCUAGGUUUCUAUUUGAGGGCCAGGAGAUUAAGCUGGUGAUGACGUGUGCUGCAUUCAUCACCAUGAACCCAGGCUAUGCCGGAAGAACAGAGCUACCUGACAACCUUAAAGCUCUCUUUAGACCCAUUGCCAUGAUGGUGCCGAACUACGCACUAAUUGCUGAGGUGAUUUUGUACUCAGAGGGAUUUGAGUCCAGUAAGACCUUAGCGAGGAAAAUGACCCAGAUGUACAAGCUGUGCUCUGAGCAGCUGUCCCAGCAGGACCACUACGACUUUGGCAUGAGAGCCGUCAAGUCUGUCCUGGUCAUGGCUGGGUCUUUAAAGAGAGAUAACCCCCACCUCAGUGAGGAUGUGGUUCUUAUCAGAGCCCUGAGAGAUUCCAACCUCCCAAAGUUCCUCGUUGAUGAUGCUGUGCUGUUUGGUGGUAUCCUGUCAGACCUCUUCCCUGGUGUGUGUAUCCCCAAACAUGACUACGGUGUGCUACAAUCCACAAUCCUGGAGUCUCUGGUUAAACGAAACCUGCAGCCUCUGGCUAGCAUGACCAAGAAGGUGAUCCAGCUAUAUGAGACCAUGUUAGUGCGUCAUGGUGUCAUGUUGGUGGGGCCUACAGGUGGAGGCAAGACCACUGUCUACACCAUCCUGACGGACACACUGGAGACCCUCCAUCACACUGAGCACAAGGCUAACAGCCCCUUCUAUCAACCUGUCAAGACCUAUGUUCUCAACCCAAAAUCUGUCACAAUGGGAGAGCUCUACGGAGAGGUUAACACAUUAACACUGGAGUGGCGUGAUGGGCUGAUGGCGCUGAGUGUCCGUGAUGCAGUUAACGACACCAGUGACCACCACAAGUGGGUGAUCUGCGACGGGCCAGUUGACGCCCUGUGGAUUGAGAACAUGAACACGGUGCUGGAUGACAACAAGAUGCUCUGUUUGGCUAACAGCGAGCGAAUCAAACUUACUCCAUCCAUUCAUAUGGUGUUUGAGGUACAGGACUUGGCUGUAGCAUCUCCAGCCACAGUCAGCCGCUGCGGGAUGGUAUUUAUUGACCCUGAGGAGCUCAAGUGGAUGCCUUAUGUCCAGACAUGGAUCAGUGGUCUGACCAAGCUCCCAGACCCAGUGCGAACAUACCUGCUGGAGCUGUUUGAGCAGUAUGUGGAGAACGGUCUUCAGUUCGUCUGGAAGCAUUGUACCCAGGCUAUUCGCCAGGUGGACAUUAGUAAAGUCACCACUCUUUGCUCCCUGCUAGAGGCACUACUGCUGGGUGAAGGAGGGCCAGACCUUAAAAUGGAUUCCACGGAUCUCAACAGCGUAUUAUGUCAGACCUUUAUAUUUUGCUAUCUGUGGGCAGUAGGCGGCAACCUGACCACUUCAUACUGGGAUGCUUUUGAUACUUUUGUCAGAGAGCAGUUUGAAGACAACAGCAAUGCUAUGCUCCCGAAGUAUGGUACCCUGUGGAAUGUCUACAUGAACUUUAACUUCAAGCUCCUGGCACAAUGGGAGUUGAUAAUCCCUUCAUUUAAAUACAGUCGGGAGCAGCCCUUUUUUGAGAUGCUGGUCCCUACCACAGACACUGUCCGCUAUGGCUACCUGAUGGAGAAACUGCUAUCUGUGCGACGUUCUGUACUCUUCACUGGCGACACUGGAGUGGGCAAGUCAGUGGUGGCACGGGGCCUUCUUAACAGUAUCCAGGAAAGUGCAGGAUACCUUCCGGUCUACAUCAACUUCUCGGCUCAGACCUCCUCCGCCCGCACGCAGGAGAUCAUUGAGUCCAAACUAGAGAAAAAGAGGAAAAACAUUCUGGGUGCUCCUGGUAACAAGAAGUUAGUGGUCUUUGUGGAUGACCUGAAUAUGCCUAAGCUGGACAGUUAUGGCUCUCAGCCCCCUAUAGAACUCCUGCGUCAGUUCCAGGACUUUUCUGGCUUCUAUGACAGAAACAAGUUCUUCUGGAAGGAGAUCCAGGAAAUGACCAUUGCUGGAGCGUGUGCUCCUCCAGGAGGAGGGCGCAAUCCAGUGACCCCCCGGUUCACCCGCCACUUCAGCAUGCUGUGUCUUCCCACACCUUCGGAACACAGCCUCAAGCGGAUCUUCAAAGCCAUCCUGAAUGGUUUCCUUAGUGAGUUUUCCCAGGCGGUGAAGGACUGUGCCGGUCAGAUUGUGGAUGCUGCUGUUGAGAUUUAUGACCGUUUGAGUGUGGAUCUGCUGCCCACUCCACCUAAGUCCCACUAUGUCUUCAAUCUCCGGGACCUCUCCAAGUGUGUGCAAGGUAUGCUGCAGUGUGAGCCGAGUCAAGUGAGAGACAAGAACCAGAUCUUCCGUCUCUUCUGCCACGAAUGUCAGCGAGUGUUCCACGACCGACUCAUCAACAACCAAGAUAAGACCUAUUUCAACACCAUCAUCAGUGAUAUGGCCAGCAAGUAUUUUAGCAUUAACUUGGAGCCCUCAUACUUUAUGACUCAGCCCAUUAUAUUUGGGGACUUCAUCAAGGUGGGGGCAGAGAAACAAGAUCGUGUGUAUGAGGAUCUGACAGACAUGGAUAAGAUUCAGGCUAUUCUCCAGGACUACCUCGAUGAUUACAACAUGACCUUCUCCAAGGAGACCAAGCUGGUUUUCUUCCAGGACGCCAUUGAGCAUGUCUCCAGGAUUGCCCGUAUGAUUCGCCAGGAGAGAGGCAAUGCCCUGCUAGUGGGGGUGGGAGGUACAGGCAAGCAGUCACUCACUCGGUUGGCAGCUCACAUGUGUGGGUACCGUUGCUUCGAGAUUGAACUGAGCCGAGGCUAUAACUAUGACAGCUUCCAUGAGGACUUGAGGAGGCUCUACAAGAUGGCUGGUGUGGAGGCCAAAGAUAUGGUCUUCCUCUUUACGGAUACUCAGAUUGUGGUGGAAGAGUUUUUGGAGGAUAUCAACAACAUGCUGAACUCUGGCGAGGUGCCCAACCUCUUUGAGAAAGAUGAGCUGGAACACAUACUAGCUGCCACCCGCCCUAAAGCCAAAGAGGCUGGAAUCAGUGAAGAGAACAGGGACGAGGGGUUUCAGUUUUUCAUCUCUCGUGUACGGGAGAAGCUUCACAUUGUGCUGUGUAUGAGUCCCGUGGGCGAUGCCUUCAGGUCCCGCUGUCGUAUGUUUCCCUCAUUGGUCAACUGCUGCACCAUUGACUGGUUCGUGCAGUGGCCUCGUGAGGCGCUGCAGUCUGUCUCUGAGACCUUCUUCCAGAAUGUGGACUUUGGCAGUGAGGAGCUGAAGCAGAGCUUCUCGACCAUGUGCGUGGAGAUACAUGUUAGUGUCACUGACAUGGCCGAGCGCUUCUAUUCAGAGCUGAGACGCCGAUACUACACCACGCCUACCUCCUACUUGGAGCUCAUCAACCUAUACCUGUCCAUGCUAGAGAAGAAGAGACAGCAGCUAGUGCUUGCCAGGGACCGUGUGAAGAACGGUCUGACCAAACUGCUGCAGACCAAUGAGCUUGUGGACAAAAUGAAAGUGGACCUGUCUGAUCUGGAGCCAAUCCUUAAACAAAAAUCCAUAGAUGUUGAUGCCCUCAUGGAGAAACUGACUGUAGACCAGGAGAGUGCUGACAAGGUGCGUAAAGUAGUGAAAGAGGAUGAGGCUUUGGCCAAGGUCAAAGCUGAAGACACCCAGGCCAUAGCCGAUGAUGCGCAGAGGGACCUGGAUGAGGCUCAGCCAGCCUUGGACAGUGCCAAUCAGGCUCUUAAUUCUCUCGACAAGGCUGACAUCUCUGAGAUCAAGGUGUUCACCAAACCCCCAGACCUUGUCAUGACUGUCAUGGAGGCCGUCUGCAUCCUGCUCAACUACAAACCAGACUGGGCUGGUGCCAAGCAGUUACUGGGAGAUGCCAAUUUCCUCAGGCGCCUGACAGACUAUGACAAAGACAAUAUCAGGCCUCAGAUCCUGCAGAAGCUGCAGAAAUACAUCAACAACCCUGAUUUCUUACCUGAGAAGGUGGAGAAGGUAUCAAAAGCCUGCAGGUCAAUGUGCAUGUGGGUCAGAGCCAUGGAUCUUUACUCCAAAGUCCUCAAAGAAGUCGGCCCCAAGAGAGAAAAGCUGGCCAAGGCUCAGAUAGAGCAGGAUACAACUAUGGCCACCCUGAGGGAGAAGCAGAAAAAGCUUCAGGAGGUGGACAACCAGAUCAGGGUCCUAAAGGAGCAGUUUGACAGCAGCAUAAAGGAGAAGGAGGAUUUGGUUAACACCAUGGCUCUGACACAGGCUCGGUUGACCAGAGCAGGGAAGCUGACUUCUGCUCUAGGUGACGAGCAAGUUCGCUGGGAAGAAAGUGUUGCCUUGUUUGAGAUGGAGAUCAUCAACGCAGUAGGGAAUGUCUUCAUUGCAGCUGCCUGUGUGGCCUACUAUGGAGCGUUCACUUCCCACUAUAGACAGCUGCUAAUUGACCAGUGGAUAAUACAGUGCCAGGACCUGAACAUCCCCAUCAGUUCCAGCUUCAGCCUGGUCAACAUUCUUGGUGACCCAUUUGUCAUCCGCCAGUGGAACACAGAGGGUCUGCCACGUGACACCGUCUCCACGGAGAACGGGAUCCUGGUGACCGAGGGCCGACGCUGGCCUCUUAUGAUCGACCCACAGGAUCAGGCCAACCGAUGGAUCCGCUCCAAGGAGGCCAAGCAUGGUCUAAAGGUGAUCAAGCUGACAGACCCCAGCUUUCUCCGUACCCUUGAGAAUGCCGUACGCAUGGGCAUGCCUGUGCUGCUAGAGGAGAUAUUUACUGGACUGUCGUGUUUAUUUGUGUUUAAAGGAGACCUAGAUCCAGCUCUGGAGCCCAUCCUAACAAAGCAGACAUUUGUGGCUGGUGGACGGACAUUGAUCCGACUCGGAGACUCAGAUAUUGACUAUGACAAAAACUUCAGGUUCUAUAUGACCACCAAGAUGGCCAACCCACAUUACCUACCAGAGGUGUGUAUCAAAGUUACAAUCAUCAACUUCACCGUGACCAAGACUGGCUUGGAAGACCAGCUGCUUAGUGAUGUGGUGCGUCUGGAGAGUCCACAUCUUGAGGAACAGAGGAAUGAGCUGAUUGUGCGCAUCAACGCUGACCGCAACCAGCUGAAAAAUAUUGAAGACCGCAUCCUUAAACUUCUCUUCACCUCUGAGGGGAAUAUACUUGACAACGAGGAGCUAGUUCAGACUCUCCAGGAGUCAAAGGUGACAUCAGAGACCAUAAAGCAUCGUCUGGAGGAGGCAGAGGCCACUGAGCUGAUGAUCAACUCUGCAAGGGAGUGCUACCGACCCGUAGCCACCCGAGGCUCAGUCUUGUACUUUGUCAUCGCCAGUCUCUCUGAGAUCGAUCCAAUGUACCAGUUCUCCCUCAAGUACUUCAAACAGCUCUUUAACUCCACCAUUGAGUCGUCAGAGAAGAACAGUGUGUUAGAAGAGCGUCUCCAAACCCUGCUGGACCAGAUCCUGCUCAACUCCUACGUCAAUGUGUCCCGUGGCCUCUUUGAGCAGCACAAGCUAAUCUACAGCUUCAUGUUGUGUGUAGAGAUCAUGAAGCAGUGUGGCGAGAUCUCAGACGCUGAGUGGCAGCACUUCCUAAGAGGAGCUGCCGCUUUGGAAAAGGACUAUGCAGAACGGCCAGAUGUUCCAUGGCUAAGUGAUUUUUACUGGCAGACAUGUUGUGAGCUGGAGGACACGCUGCCCUGCUUCAAGGACGUCUCCAAGGAAAUCACCAGAACCCACAUCCACAUCAAGCUAGGACGUUUUCAAGCAUCCAUUAAUCCAGAGACCUGGGAAGGCUACGUGUCAGAGUUGCCUCCUCUUGGGGAGUCCGAAGAGGUGAAGCAGGAGAUCAGAGGUAACUGGAAUGAGAGGUUGGGGGCCUUCCAGAAGCUAGUCCUGAUCAAGAGCUUCAUGGAGGAGAAGGUGGUGUUUGCAGCAACAGAGUUCGUGAUUGUCAGCCUGGGGAAGCAGUUUGUUGAAAACCCUCCAGCUGACCUGGCGAACCUCUACAACGAUAUGUCCCCCUCCACACCACUGAUCUUCAUUCUCAGCACAGGAUCUGACCCUAUGGGUGCUUUCCAGCGCUUUGCAAAAGAGAGAGGCUGUCUUGACAGAGUUGAGUCCAUCUCAUUGGGUCAAGGCCAGGGGCCGAUAGCAGAGAAGAUGAUCCAUGAAGCACUGAAGAGUGGUAAAUGGGUCUUUCUGCAGAACUGUCACCUGGCUGUCUCCUGGAUGUUGGCCAUGGAGGAGCUCAUCAAGACCUUCGCUGAGCCAGACACAUCAAUCCACGAGAGUUUCCGUUUGUUUCUCAGUUCCAUGCCUAGCAAAGUAUUUCCUGUUACUGUGCUCCAGAACUCUGUCAAGGUGACUAAUGAGCCUCCUAAAGGCCUGCGAGCCAACAUGCGGCGGGCCUUCACAGAGGUCACCAGCGAUUACUUUGAAGACCACGUUCUGGGACGCCAGUGGAGGAAGAUCGUCUUUGGAAUCUGCUUUUUCCACGCAAUUAUCCAGGAGCGGAAGAAGUUUGGUCCUCUGGGCUGGAACAUCCGCUAUGAGUUUAAUGACAGUGACAGGGAGUCUGCUCUGCUCAACCUCAACCUCUACUGCAAAGAAGGCGCCAUCCCUUGGGACGCUCUCAUCUACAUCACUGGUGAGAUCACAUAUGGAGGCAGAGUGACGGAUGCGUGGGACCAGCGCUGCCUCAGAACAGUCCUCAAAGGCUUCUUCUCGCCUCAAACCCUGGAUCCUAGCUACACCUACUCCCCGUCAGGUAUCUACUAUGCCCCGGAGAUGGAUAAACUAGAGCAAUAUAAGAUGUAUAUUGAGAGUCUUCCAAUCAUAGAUGAUCCCGAGGUCUUUGGUAUGCAUGAGAAUGCCAACCUGGCCUUCCAGCGCCAAGAAACCAUGACCUUAAUCAACACUAUAUUUGAUGUUAAUCCUCGCUCAUCAGUCCAACAUGGAGCUAAAAGUAAUGAUGACAUAGUCUGCGAGCUGGCUGAAUCCAUCUUAGCCAAGCUACCUGAGCGUCUGGACAUGGACGAGGCGGUGGAAACUCUGUUUGUCCGCGACAAAAACGGCCGCCUCAACUCCCUGACAACGGUGUUGGGCCAAGAGGCAGACAGAUUCACCAACCUGCUGAGAGUGCUCAGGAUCUCUCUUGUCACUCUGCAGAAGGCCAUAGCCGGUCUGGUAGUGAUGUCAGAGGAGAUGGACUGCAUAUACACAAGCUUCCUGAACAACCAGGUUCCCACCCACUGGGCGAACUCUGCCUACCCUUCUCUCAAACCCCUGGCCUCCUGGGUCAGAGACCUGGCCCUCAGGACCUCCUUUAUCCAGACCUGGAUCACACAUGGUCAGCCUAAAUCUUUCUGGAUCUCAGGAUUCUUCUUCCCUCAAGGCUUUCUUACUGGGUUGCUUCAGAAUCAUGCCAGGCACUACAAUCUGCCCAUUGAUGAGCUCAACUUCUGCUUCAACAUGAUGCCAGUUUACAGAGACCAGGCAGCAGUCUGUGAGGCUCUUCGCACUCUGCGCAGCAACAUGGAUGACGAGUUACCAGAGCCACAGGACGGCGCACUUGUGCACGGCAUGUUCAUGGAUUCCAGUCGCUGGGACGAUGCGAACAUGGUGAUUGAGGAUGCGUUACCUCGAGUGAUGAACACCAUGCUGCCAGUGGUGCACUUUGAGCCCCAGCAGAACUACGUGCCUGAGCCUGACCUCUACCACGCUCCUCUGUACAAGACCUCAGCCAGAGCUGGGACUCUGUCCACCACUGGUCACUCAACUAAUUUUGUUGUGACAGUAAUGCUUCCCUCCAAGCAUCCCAGCGACUAUUGGGUAUCAAAAGCCUCUGCGCUCCUGUGCCAGUUGGAUGAUUAAGUUUUUAAACAUGGUCAAAAAUAAAUUUUAAAUGUGAUUAAAGUAAUAUAUGUUUGGAAAAUU